CGGUAAUGUCUGUGCUAUCUACAAAUUGAAAACCAUGUCUUUCGGGUUUUCGGCAGGCGACUUUGUGGCCUCCAUUUUGCUGAUCAAGGACGUUGUCCAGGCUCUCAACACCUCCAAAGGAUCUGUCGCCGAAGUCGCCGCACUUUUAUCGACCCUAGAGUCAUUACAACACGCCAUCAUCACUUCUGAGGUUGUUUACAAGGAAUGUGGAUUAUUCGAUUUGGAUGAUGCCGCCAGCCUUGUCGCCAAGACAUUGAGAACAUCCAUUGAAGCCGAAAGGAACCGCUGUCAUGAGAUUUUGGUUCCCUUCAUUUAUUCUGUGAAGCCACACCACGAUGUGUUUCUUAGACCAGGUUGGAGUUUGAUUCGUCAAGCAAAGAAAAUUACAUGGCUCUUCCGUGAAGAUGAUAUUGCGCAGGUUGAUCGGAACCUCACGAAGCAUUUGACAGCGUUUCAAAUGUUCUGUCAGCUGUUGACACAGGUCCAUUCUCAAAGCAUUCUCCAAACAUCCUCGGAUAUUCUCUCCAAAGUCAUCGAUCUACGAGCAGAAGUUACAUCAAUGUCAAGAGUUGUCCAAUCGCUGGCGUCCAUUCCAUCCGGAAUUGGAAACCCAUGGGAAUCUUCAUCCGCGUUGUCAGACACCGUGUUACUGCUAGAUGCAAUCGGUCGAUCGGUACUUCUGCCAAUGAUGCUGCUGGGCUCCGUAGAGGACAUCCAUCAACUCCUAGUGAUCAUGUACCGAGACAUACCGGGUAGGAAGAAGAUACUAGGACGUGAAUACACUCUCACAGACGAGGAGUUGGACGGUAUCAUUCUUGAGAGAUCCAAUUGGGAAAUGACUAGGCAACCUGGUAUGAAGCUCUCUGUCAACAUGAUCCUUCAUGCCACCGAAUCAGUUGAUCUACGGCGAUGCCCAAGGUACAAAGCUCUGUGCUCCGGUCCUAUACUUCCUCGGAAGCGCCGUCGUUGUUACAAUUGUCAGCUUACUUUCCGUAUUUUCGACAAAGAGCGGCCCAUUGAAGAGAUUUCAGAUGCUGUUUCUGGAAUCAUCUCUUCUUUACAGACAAAAGAUAGCGCAACACGACUUUCGAGUUCAUCGCAACCGUGUCGUGGGCUGACGAGCAGCCAGGACGACGACUUAUUAUUCAAGAAUAUACACUUCCACCGCGAAAUACCCAGUCUUUUUAGAAGCGAGAAGGUACCAUGUGCCACAGCUAUUAAGCAACUCGCCAUCGACGAACUUCCUCCUCUCCACAAGGCCGCGGCAACCGGGAACUGCUCCGAAAUCAAGAGGCUUCUGGACCAAGGCUGCGAAAUCGACAUGCCACUCCCAUUUAAUGCUGUACUCAAUAGCCCUAGUUGUCCGAAAUGGCUCCCACUUCAUUUCGAAGCAUGCACGCCACUGCAUAUCGCUUGUUGGUUUGGGAAAUUGGAUGCAAUUACAGUUCUUCUCGAGAAAGGUGCCAAUAUUCUGGCCCAGGUCCCGACUCACAAGUACGAAACAAUGACUUUUGCGCUACAGGGCUGCGAACUAGAACGAAUCUUUUGGCCAGUAGCUGAGCGAGGAGCCAGAAUCGAGUACCAGGACAUACAUGGCGACACCCCUCUGAUCAUAGCCUGUGCUUCAAACAAGGCGUUCAUAGUGCACUAUCUAUUGCGACAUGGUGCACUGCUGGAAACUUUUGACAAUUACGGAGCUACUGCACUACAGACCGCCGCUUCCAAUGGUCAUGACCGUAUCUUUGAAAUACUGCUCGAUUACGGUGCGAACCCAGCGCCAAGCCAUGAUAUUGUACCCAUACAUGAUAUGCAAUGGACAACGCUACACUAUGCGGCUGCAGGCGGCUCGGUGAAGAUUCUUCAAUUCCUCCUCGAUGAUGGACAAAAUCCAGACGCUGCCGAUUCUGACGGCUGGUCUCCAUUCCACCUGGCGCUCGCAAAUCAACACUUUGAAGCCAGCGUUCUUCUUCUAGAUCGUACUAAGAAUCCCAACUCCCGAUGUAAAGACGGUUUCUCGACUCUCCACUCAGCCGCCUACGCCAGCUUUACUGAGAUUGUCGAGAUUCUGAUACAGUGCGGUGCAGAUUGCAAUCACAAAAACGGCUUUGGUAUGACAAGUCUACUUUCAGCUUCUGUCAAAGAUAGUCAAAAGCUACCUGAUGCCCAAAAGUCCACCGUAGAGCUCCUUCUACGGCGAGGGGCUUUUAACAACGCAACCGAUAUCCAUGGAAGCACUCCUCUCCACUUUGCGGCAUCCUUUGGAAAUCAGAUCAUUGCUGAGAUUCUUUUGAAAAAUGGGGCCAACAUUGAUGCUAUCGAUGAUCAGGGCGGGACACCUUUACAUGAAGCAGCAUAUCGGGGACACAGCGAGAUCGUUAAACUUCUCAUAGAACACGGCGCUGACAUACAUUUACGUGAUGAGACCGGAUUGACGGCUCUGCAUUUGAGUGCGCAGGAAGGCCACUGCGGCAUUUUGGAAGUGCUGCUGAAACACAAAGCCAAGCCCCAAGCCACAGACUUGGAAGGCUCGACUCCGCUCCAUCGUGCAGCCGCUAUGGGCUUCACGAGUAUAGUUCGAGUAUUCCUGCAAGUUGUGGUAGGAGUCGAUGUGAUUCACGGGCUAGGAAGGACGGCAUUUCACUCAGCUGCAAGAUGGGGCCGAAAAGACUGCAUGCGCUUACUUCUCGAACACGGUGCGGAUAUAAAUACAAUGGCUCCGAUAGGCUGUAAAGCCCGCUGCCCUGUGAAUGAAUACCAGCUUGAAGUCACAGGAUGUGCACCUCUUAUAUGCGCCUCAGAACACGGCUUUCCAGAAGCCGUGAAACUCCUGCUCGAAAAUGGAGCGGAUAUCAAGGCAGUUCGUGUCGAUGGCAAGAACGCCCUCUCGUGCGCAGUGGGCUUCGGGAACAUCGAGGUCGUGGAAUUGCUACUCGGGACAGGCAUUGCCUUUGACUUGCCCGAUGUGGAUGGGUUGACACCCCUAGCAUAUGCAUGUCGGAAUCAGAAAGAUGACAUAGGCAAACUCCUGCUCAAGUAUGGCGCUGCCGUUGAUGCCCAAGACUGUGAAGGACGAACAGUUCUGCAUUGGGCAGCACUUGGAGGCUUUGAAUCAACAGCGAAGAUCCUCCUUGAGAAUGGAGCAAAACUCGAAUCAGACUGCAUCGGUCGUACGCCGUUGCAUGACGCUGUUUUCAGUGGCAACAUGAACUUAGUGAAGUUGCUUUUGGAGAAUCGAGCUGAUCAUCAUGCCAAGCUUUCGGAACACUCUACGUUGGGGUCUUGGUCCAAGUAUACACUGAAGAAAGCUACUACGGAUGAUGACAAGAAGAAUACAGAAGAUCCUUCGAAUGAGAAAGUUGAGAGUGCGACAGAGAGGAAUGACGAUGCGGACAAUGAAGUCGUGACAAAUGCGUUGGAUAUUGCUCGUAGUAGAGGAUGGACCAGCAUUGUGGAUUUGCUUUCUUUCUGA